AAAGGAGUUAAAUUGGGCUCGUUUAACGGCGAAAUUUUAAGGUAUGUUCAAGGGAUGUUUGGGUGUAUGUUUCAAAUUUAAAAGGCCUUUAAUAAACUACAAUUGUUACAUGUAAUAAAGCAUGGUUUGUUUAUAAAAUACACACCGUAUUAUGUAGUACACACAAUGUAGUAUUACAGCAUAGUGUAGAGGUUCUUACGAGAGUCGAAACAAAGUCCUGGCCUUGCUAUUUGGUUGAGUAAAUUACUAAAUUUUUACAUGAAAACAACAAAAAUUCGGCCAUCUUUGCAAGGCUGUCAUAUAUUUUAGAGCAGCAUGGUCAUACUGGCUCGCACUUUGAGUAUAUUAAAGGCUGCUUUAAACUAGAGUAUAGCGUUUAAUUUGUUGGUAAUUUAAUAUAUGAAUUAGGUUUAUUAUUGAUGUGUAUUUUCUUUGAUGUAUGACAGGAAAAUAUACAUCUGGUUUAGGCAAGAACAGACUUGCUGUGAAGUCUGUCGUAUUAGAAAUACCGAUUAGAAGUCUAAUUUACACUGGAUAGCUCUAUCAGUUGUAAGCCGUUCUCUCUAGGAGUCCAAUAAGAAUCAUAAUGUGUUUUCCCAGUGUUACUACUGGAGGAAACCAGAAUACUCAAAUUAUAUUAUUUCACUCUGUUUAAAGCCAGACAAUUUUACUUGUCAAGGGGAGAGCGCUGCCACUCAAUGGGUUAACCGGACUACCUAGCCAUGUGUCUAGUUAACCCAUAAACUUGCAUUUCACCCCAGUGCGCCCUACUUUAUUAUUUCACUUUGUCAAACGCCAGAAGAUUUUACUUGUCAAGGGGAGAGCAAUGUCGCUCAAUGUGGUAAACUUUAGCCUGCGGUACGGACGCUUCGUAUUUCAUGAUGAAAGGGUUUAAGCUUAAACCCUUUCAUCAGGCUAGGUAAACUUCUGCAGCCUACCUGGUGGGCGAGGCGCAACACUCUUCCCAUCAACCCCUUCACCCUUCUCUCAUGGUCUUGCCACUACAAUAGUUCAUGUAAACUUGUCAUACAGGCAUCAUUGUUUUUUACAAAGAGAUGCCUGGGUACAAGGCAGUUCUGCAGCCAUGCAAUACAUACUGUCAUAAAGGGAAACUAGAGUACAUAUUCACAUAUACUCAAUCCGUGUGUGCCAGUAUAGGUAUAGUGACAAAAACGCCAAAAAGCUGCAGAUUGACAAGAAUCAAAUGGGGGUUUUCUCUAUUAAUUUAAAGUAUCACUUUCUAUGGACUGUAGUUACUAAUCAUGUUUGGAUGAAAUGAUGAUGGGUAUAUCAAUAAUAAAAUCACAAACACAAUAAAAUAGAAAAACAUAUUUGCUUUAUUACUGUAACAUUAAUUACUUGAACAUGUUGUCAAUAUAAUGGGGGGAUUUUCUCAGUGAAUUUAAAGUAUUACUUUCUAUGGACUGUAGUUGCUAAUCAUACUCAAUGAAACCAAAGAAACGAUGAUGGGUAGACUAUAUCAAUAAUAAAAUCACAAAGACAUUAAAAUAGAAAAACAAAUUCCUUUACUAAACAUUAAUUACUUGAACAUGUUGUCAACACAAUGGGGGGAUUUUCUCUAGGAGAUAUUCGACUAUCACAUUCGACCGUAUUUGUUCAUUUAUAUUCUGUACAAUUCUACCAAUACGAUUGAAUACAGUACAAAAAGCACAAGGACAUUUAAAUGGUCAAACAAAAUACAUUAUUAUCUUUAAUUAUUUGAACAGUUGCCCGCCUCUCGUUGUGUGUUCACCGCAGGACAUCAGGAUGUCACACAAUACACCACACAUUGCCAAUCACCUAUCUUUACAUCAAGUUUAUUAAAUUAGGAUUCUCAUCAUGACUAAUAACAUGAUAAUGAAUAAGUGUAUUAAAAGGGAGACUGUGAAUCGGCAAAUAUUAGGACGUUUUUUCGUGUGUGGGUUGAAAAUUUGGACACGCAGAAGCUUGGAAUGCCAAGAAUAUAUAAGUGGUUUAUAAGGAUUAGUCACCAAUGAAAACAUCAGAUUUUAAGAGGUUAAUAUAUCGGUCAGUUUAUCCAAUUAAGAUCAUCUAAUCGAGAUACCAGCCUGCGAUUCAUACACGUUUGUUAUGGUAUUAAAAAUAUACAGUACAUUGUUUAAUUAAAAACAGAAUCUAUUUCCAGAAAAAAAAUCCGAAUAGAUGCAUUGAGAAUCCAAGACCAAGCCCUCGAUUAAAAUCAAGACAAUUCUAGAUUUUCACGAUAUAAACUCGGUCUCACGACCCAAGCACGUCCGUUAUAUAGCACAGACCGUAGCUGAUUUCCCCGAUGCAUCUAUUCGGGAUUUGUUUGAUUCUCUAUUGUUUAAUAAGCAAGAUUAGUUUCAAAUGAUAACAUGAUAUGUGGGAUUAAGAAUGAGGUUUCACACUGGGUCAUGCUGUGUCAUAUCGCUAGUAAACACUCGCACGCAAUGAACAGUGUUAGAAAGCGUAGGUGGCGAGCGUGGUAAAAAUAUCAAGCACGUUUGGCAAAGGACAUACUUAAAAUGCUCGUGUCGUGUUUGAGGAUUUGAGCGAGUGACGAAGCUAUAUUUCUAUCUUAUCAACUAGGAGCUGAAGCAGUCACUAUUGACAUUCCUUCGUUGUAACAUUCGCUGGAUUUUGUUAAUUUAUACAAAAGGUUUAAAGUAUACAACAGGAAGUUUGAUAAGGAAAAUCGCCUUAUUAAAACCAUCUUGCCGACGGUGGUUGUAAAAUUUGAAAGAUAUUAAACUAGAUUUGUGUGAAGACGAGGCAAGCAAGCUUCAUUCAUUGUAAUAGUGGACAACUACUCGAAGAGUUCUAUAGCAUUCCUUGAAGUUUUCGAGAAAAUUUUAGCCUCAGUUUGGCAAAGGAAAAGCUUUAAUCAGUUGUCUAAGCAAUUGCGUCGCUGUCGUGAAGGAUUAGCUAAGAGCUGUAUUUCUGAGGCAGAGGAUUUCAAGUACAAUAACAUUGGCUAUAGCAGUGUUCAAAUAUACAGUUUCGAUUGGCAAAGGAAGCUUAGUCGCAUUAUUGUUGUAUCUGUGAAGUAGAACUCGCUGAUUCGAAGUGGAACUGUACAUUUCUUGACGUCUAAAAGAAUUGAAGUCUCUUCUUAACUAUAUUCAUCAUUGGCCUCUUUUGGCAGUUUUUCUUUGGCAAGGCAAGCUUGAAGCAGUCGUUACAAUUGUGUCUGUGAAGUAGAACUCACUGAUUCGAAGUGGGAUUGUACAUUUCUUGACGUCCAAAAGAACUGAAGACUCUUCUUAACUGUAUUCAUCCUUGGUCUCUUUUGCUUUGGCAAGGGAAGCUUGGAACAGCCGUCACACUUGUGUCUGUGAAGUAGAAAUCACUGAUUCGAAGUGGAAUUGGAAAUUUCUUGACGUCCAAAAGAUUUGAAUUGAAUUGAAGUGUAUUCCUAACACUAUUUCUAUUCGACGAUUGGCUUUGGCAAGUGAAAGCUUUAUUAAAUUAACUUAGUCGUGUGGAUUUGAAGACAGUAGAAUCUCAGUAGAAUCUCGGUAAAAUUUCGGUUGAAUCUCAGUAGAAUCGCAACAGAAUCUCUGUAGGAUCUCGACAGAAUCUCGGUAGAAUCUCGGCAGAAUCUCGGCAGAAUCUCGGUAGAAUCUCAACAGAAUCUCGACAGAAUCUCGGUAGAAUCUCGACAGAAUCUCAGUAGAAUCUCGACAGAAUCUCAGUAGAAUCUCACAAUGAAUGGUUUAUCAAAUCACGACAUGGCGCUCAUGUUAUUACGAGAAGAGAACAAGAACCUGGAGAAAGCUCUCAAAGUACUCCAGUACGACGACAACGACAGCCGCGCACGUGUUCGCGAAUUACUCAUUGAGAACGACGUUCUAAAAUUAGAAUUGAAGAAGGAACGUGAGACGAACGAGGUGCUUAAGAAGUAUAUGAAGAGACAAGAUAGGUUUAUCGCUUAUUUGAAGGAGCAUCGAAAUAGCUGGCAAGAUGACAGAGGCAGUAAGACCACGACAGGAAGUGGAAGACAUCAGACGCUAUGUAGGAAGAGAUCGAACUCGAUGCCUAAAUAGAAACGUUCAUAAAAACAGCAGUGUUAAUUGAGAAAUGUCUUAUGCGUUACUAAGUGGUGGGCGGUUUAUUUUAUCUGGGUUAAAGAGGAAAAUAUUUGUAUAGAAAAGUUGUGGAUUUAUAGGGAUACAACAACCUGAAAAAUACAAGGAGAACUUCAACGUUUCGUUUCAAUUUUUAAGGAAGCUGUAUCCCUAUCAAUUGACAACUUACAUGUUAGGCCCGUUUCAUACGCCGUACUUCACACGCCGUACUUCACACGUGCCGAAUGUCUCAUUAUCUAUUGUUUGUAAUGUAUUCGGCACAUGUGAAGUACGGCGUAUGAAACGGGCCUUAGACUAAUUUUUUAUAUAGGCAAAAAAAAGUAAAUUCCCGUAAAGAACUUAUUAAAAUAAGUAAAAUUGCAAAAUUUGGUUACGAAAUGUUGUAAAAUACAGAAAAUAUAGCCUUGCGAAGUUUGCAUAUUUUCAGUGUGUUUGUAUUACGUGCGGAAAUCGUUACCAUUUUAAUUGUUACCAUUUUUGAGCUGGAAAUGGUAUCAAUUUCCGCACGUAAUAAAAAUAAACUGAAAAUAUGCAAAUUUCGCAAGGCUAUAUUUUCUGUAUUUUACAACAUUUCGCAACCAAAUUUUGCAAUUUUACUAAUUUCAUUAUGUUCUUUUUAACUGUUGUAUUUGAUUCCCUUCUCUUUACUUAGAUUAAAAUUUAGUCUAACAUGCAAGUUGUCCAUCCUGGCGUAACUUUCUUGAUUUGUUUGGGAAAUGUAUAUGCUACAUAUAAAGUUAGGAUCUGGGCACACAAACUAGAUAAUGGUGACAGAAAUCAAGUUGCCUAAAUUCUAAAAGCUCACUCAUACUCAACCUCACUGAGUGUGCCAAGGCAAUCACGUUCCUGCUGAUCAAUGAUAGAGUCCUUCCUCAAUCACUGAUGGUCUAUUUUGGUACAAAAUGCAUUGUACACAUUAUUCUUCAUAUUUUCCAAUAGCAAUGUAUGGUAAUUUUGGUUUUAUUCAGACAGCCAUAAUUUUUUUUACCCAACCCAAGAGCUAGUGAAAAACUUGAUUACCCAACCCAUAUCUCUUCGGUACCAAAACCCCGGGUAUAAAUAAUGAACGGUCCCUAAAAGCCCAUUUGCACUUGCAGUUUUUGCUGUGAUUUUAGCUGUGAUUUUGUUUGGGUAUGUGGACCCUCAUCUGAACAUUUCUAACACGAGUUAUUUUACGCCCAUGUUUGAGAACAACCGCAAGAGGGGGGAUUACACUAGUCUUAAUACUUCUGUAAAUUCAUAAGAAUCUAAAAAAGAUAAUAUUGCGAUCUUAGUAAAAACAGUGAAGAAUUUAUAGCUAUAAAUAAGAGAAUUUAAUCGAUUCUUUUUUUUCUUUUUACAUUUAAAUCUACGUAAAGUAUAGACAUUUUAUAUCUAUAUAGAUGUAUAUGUUGAGAUAUAAACAUAUAUUUUGAGCCCAGUAUUACGAAGUACAAAGAUUUUUGAGUUACAUUUUGGCAAGUUUAUAGAAUCCACUACAUGCAGUAUUGAAUUACAUCCAAGUUUUGUAUGACGGCAGACUGUUCGUCUGUUCUGAGUAUCUUAGCUUUGAGUCCCGUGUCACCUGUGCCUGGCCGUUGAUUUCUUUCGCAGUUUUCCAGAUUGCAAUUCUGUGCGAGAUCUCUCUUCUCACCU